UCUUGCCAAUUUUUGUCGCUCUUUCUUUACACUUUGAAAAGUUCAUUGUAUAAUAAACUAACAUCUUGCCCGCCAGUUGUUGAUGUAACUGAUUAAGAUUUAAUUGCACAAACUACAAUGAGUGCGGCCCGUCAAAGACAAACGUCUGUGUGCCCCGUGUUUACAUAUGAAACUAAGUAAGCGCUGCACCGAUUCCGUGAAAAACUGUCAGUCUAUACUUUCGUUUUCUUCAAUUCACCCGUCACAAGUUUCAUAGAAGUGUGAGCUCAGUUAAAUCAAUGUAGGUGUCAACUUCUGAGUCAUUUUGUAGAAGAUGGGUUGCUUCUUACUGCAAACGUAUGUGUUGUUCGAAGCUGUUGUCAAAUUGCUGCUUGUCUUCCAUGCAGCUGGAUUAGUGAAAGCAGGGUGGACACCAUGGAGCAGUUGGACGACAUGUUCCAUGUCAUGCGGAGACGGGGGAUUUACAACAAGAAGUCGUACAUGCCUUGACGAUGGAUCACCAUGUGUUGGCGAUAACUUUGAUGCAGGCCAGUGCAACAUGGAUCCAUGCCCAAUCGACGGUGUGUGGUUAGAAUGGACUUCCUGGACUAACUGCACCUUAGUCUGUGGUUCUGGGACUCAGUACCAUCAGAGGGAAUGUAAGGAGCCGAAGCACGGGGGGAUGCCCUGUCAGGGGAACUUCAAUGAAACAGAAGCCUGUAAUGUAGACCCAUGUCCAGUUGAUGGGAACUGGACACAGUGGAGUGAUUGGAAAGCUUGUCCUGUCUCCUGUGGUGGAAGCACCCACGCCAGGAAUCGAACCUGCAUCGGUCCGUUCCACGGAGGGCUUCCUUGCGAAGGAGUGGGUGUGGAAGAGAGAGACUGCAAUCCUGACCCAUGCCCAAUUGAUGGGUCAUGGGCAGACUGGGCGGACUGGUCUGAGUGCAGUUCCAGCUGCAACUUUGGACAACAAUUUCGUCGGAGGACAUGUGACAAUCCCGCACCGCAGUAUGGCGGAGUACACUGCCCAGGCCAAGGGAAGGGAGACAGGUUGUGCUUUUUACUAUUUUGCCCCCAGCAUGGUGGCUGGUCCCUAUGGUCCCCUUGGUCAGGGUGUUCCGAGACCUGUGACUGGGGGUUCCGUGAGCGAUGGCGAUCUUGUGAUAAUCCUGAGCCCGCCUGGGGAGGGUACUACUGCAUUGGAACUGAGACGAGUGGAGAGAGCUGCAUGGAAACACCAUGCCCAGUUGAUGCAAGUUGGGGUACAUGGUCUGAAUGGAGCCCAUGCUCACAGUCAUGCGGCUCUGGAGGUAACUUUACCCAUACCAGAGAGUGUGACUUUCCACCACCUAUGUAUGGCGGUAAAGACUGCAGCGGGUCGGACUGGCAAAUGGCAGACUGCUACGUGGACAGAUGUGAAGAUGAUGGCGGCUGGUCUGAUUGGACUGAAUGGAGUAGUUGCAGCAAAGAAUGUGAGACCGGAAUACAGGUCAGGGAUCGAACCUGUGAUAACCCUACACCAACCUUGCCCGAUGGUGAACAAUGCCACGGACCUGCCAAUGAAACUAGGGUUUGCAACACGCAUAUAUGUCCAGUACACGGUGGAUGGUCUGCCUGGUCCAUCUGGACCCUGUGCCCUGUCACCUGCGGUGGGGACAUAGAGACGCGUUAUCGCACCUGCAAUAACCCCCCUCCAUUAUUCAAUGGUGACGACUGUCCAGAGUUGGCUAAUGCGGAGAGAGAUUGUAGCACCAAUGGAUGUCCAGUUGAUGGAGCCUGGACAACUUGGUCCUCUUGGGCAGAAUGUUUCACAAGCUGUGGAGGGGGGAUGACAUCCCGAACUCGUACCUGCACUAACCCUGAAACAGUAUGGGGAGGGAUCCCUUGUCCUGAGGCAGACCCCAGUGAAGAGUGGGAUACAUGCAAUGAGUUUCCUUGUCCAAUUCCCGGUGGUUGGUCUGAAUGGUCAGCUUGGUUGGACUGUCCAGUGACCUGUGGAGGCCAUGAGCUGUUAAGAGACAGAGUGUGCGAUGACCCAGUACCUCAGCACGGUGGAGAGACAUGCCCAGGGGAUUCUCAGGAUUCUACUGUAUGCAAUGACGACCCUUGCCCAGUGAAUGGGAGUUGGACGGAGUGGUCUUCAUGGAGUGAGUGUAGCGUCUUAUGUGAGGGUGGACUCCAGUCGAGGGAACGCACCUGCGCUGAUCCAGCCCCCGCCCACGGCGGCGCUAAUUGCCAUGGUAACUGGACGGAUACGGACAGCGGAGAGGAGACAGAGAAUGAAGAGAGAGGAUGUAACCCUCAGAUGUGCCCAGUUCAUGGGGGGUUUACUCAGUGGACGGAGUGGCAGAAUUGCCCGGUGUCCUGCGGUGGUGCCACCAUCUAUCGUCAUCGCAACUGUACAGAUCCCGCCCCCAUGUAUGGUGGUGUAGAUUGCGCUGGGAGUAACAGGAGUCACAAGAUCUGUAAUGGUGACGUUCAGUGUCCAAUUCAUGGGAACUGGGGAAGAUGGCUGGACUGGGCCCCCUGCUCCAAGCUUUGUGAAAACGGCACAACCUCCCGCAUCCGGCUGUGCAAUGAUCCUUCACCUCUCUACAACGGUGACACCUGUGAAGGGGACAUGAAGGAGUACACAACCUGUAACACACACACAUGCCCUAUUCAUGGUGGUUACUCCCUGUGGACCCCUUGGAGUCAGUGCACCAAGUCUUGUGGUGGAGGCCAGACUCAACGCACUAGGCAGUGCGACAGUCCAGCCCCCUCGCUUGACGGAAACCCUUGUGUGGGUACAACCAUAGAGAAGCGGCUGUGUUCAGCUUUCUACUGCCCAGUUCAUGGUGGAUUCUCGCCCUGGGGCGAGUGGACACAAUGCCCAGUCACUUGUGGGGGUGCUCAGGUCAACCAUACUCGUGUCUGUAACAAUCCCACUCCCCGAUACGACGGCCGACAGUGUGAGGGACCGACGGUUUCAGGCAAACUGUGUGCCGGUGUAGCCUGCCCAAUUGAUGGUUUGUGGACAUCAUGGCUACCAUGGUCCCAGUGUUCAGUCACAUGCGGUGAUGGUCACCAGUUGACCAAUAGGAGUUGUUCAGACCCUAGUCCUGCCUUUGGAGGAUUUGAUUGCGUGGGUGAGGGUUACAGAGAAAUCAUGUGCUACAAUCAAGACCAGUGCCCAGUACUUCCUCCAGUACCAUUUAAUAUCACCUUCUCUGUGAGUAAAGCCAUCAAGGGAGGUCUGGUUUCCGUCUAUGUCAACUGGGAUGUAAACCAGACUGAUGUGGAUUACUUCAUUGUGCAGGCUAAACGACUCAACACUCAAGGGGUACCCAAAGGUAAUGCAUCAGCCUAUGAGUGGCAGACGUAUGGCACCGUUAUGGGCAUACAUCGCCUUGUUCCGGUCCGGGAUAAUCCAAUGACCGGUGCAGGUUUAUUCGAGGGAGACUUCAAGGUCAGGGUCAUUGCUGGGAACCAGUUCUUGGAGUCUAGCUCAGAGGAAUUGUCAUUCAAUGUUAUAAAAUAUUUGACUGGCGGAUCGCAACCUUCUGCUGGCUUUAGCAAUCCUGAAUUGGUGAUUCUGCUGACGGCAUUCAGCGUCUAUCUCCAACUGUAUUCCUCAUAACAGUGUACAGGAUUCAAGGUGAGGCUCAAUACUGAAAAUAGACUGGUGCUCUUGAUGAUGAUUUACUUUCAAUGGCCAAUUGGAACUUGUGAGACAGGGAGCCUGACUUGUAGAGGUAAUUUUAGUGGUAUCUUGCCUUGCCUUCCACCUCUAGGACCCUAAGUUCAAAUCUCGCUGUUGUCACUAUUAUGUGGAUUAGAUUAAUGAAACUGGACCUCCCUGCUCCGCUAAAGUCUUUAGUUUGAAAGAACUGUUAAAGGCAGUGGACACUAUUGGUAAUUACUCAAAAUAAUUUUAGCAUAAAAACUUACUUGGUAACGAGC